UUGAUGCAUCGCACUCCGAAAAUUUCCUGGUGGGACAUUUCCCGAAUUAAUAAUUCACCGGAUCGAUGUGCGACAAUGCUAGGAGAAAUUGAUCCUUCCUCAUUAAUUAUGAUGACAUCAUUAAAUUCUGAGUGUUUCAGGAGUGGGCUUUUUCGUGGUUGUUGCGGUCAGUGGCUGUCGUCCUUCAGUUGUAAAUACGCACUGGUAAAAACCGGUUACAAGUAGAUGCGCCGACAAGUUCAAUGGACCUUAACAAUUCAUGGCAUUAACAAUAAGCUUAUCUAUGGCAAGUGUCGGAUUGCAUGAUACUCGCUGUUAAUUAUAUUCAGUCUGGGGAACCUGUUGAGGCUAAUCGGCGUUGCAGAUCAAUUAUUAUCGACUUAAUACUGACGGGUACAAAUGGCAUGUUGAAUUUUCAUUCCAAGAAAUCCUAUCAUCAAUAAUCCUCAAAAACCGAAUUUAUAAAGAAUUAAUAAAAAUAACGACAAAAGAAAAAUGGCAAGACUUGACCAAAAAUUUAUAAAAGGAGACGAAUGACUAUAAAAUUCGGACCCCCCAGAAAUUUCCAAAAAAUGAUGAAAAAUGAAAAAAUGUCAGCAACAACUUAAAAAACAAUAGUUCCAUGAGACGGCGCUGCAGGCGUCGCGACGGAGGGCGUCGUCAUCAGACGGCGUCUGACAGAGUUUUUAGUCUGGCACAAGAUCCAGUCUGACUAGUGCCUGACAUGGGGUUGAGAGGAGAAUAGUCUCGUAUUGUCUCCUGGUAUGCGGCAGUGUGCAGACACGAGUUUAACCCACCUCGUGGUCAAGCCCCAGAAGUUAAAAUAAAUUUAAACUGGGGAUUAAAAAAAAAUCUGUGUCCCAUUGGCAGUAAUCGAAGAAGUGGCAGCUGUAAUUCACUGAGGAAAAAAUAGUUGUCUCUCGGCAGUUUAUGAAGGAAUUGCCGAGGUGAUAACCCAAGACUGAAGCAAAUGGAGAUAAGAGAGUUUGUUGCAAUGAGAUGUUGAUCCUGUCGGAAUUAAGACGCGAUAAACGAAGAGCAAAUACGAGACUGUCGUGACAAUAUUCGGUUUGUAAAUUUCCACGAGACACGUGAGGCGUGUCAGAUGAUUGACGGUGCCACAAUGUGGUACCGGGAAAUUUGACCGGUAUAAACAGUGUUUAUGAGAAAUAAGAAUCGACCCAGCACCAGAUAAAUCGGUCGUAACCACUGGCACCUGAUUUGCUCGUGACGACUUCCACUCCUGUGACAAGUUGUUCCAGUGCUGACAUUUGGUGUUGACAUUUGAGGAUAUUUUUACUGGAAUGUGUGAAAAUAGUGGAUACAAUGUCCUGAGGGUGUAGGAUUCUUGGACAAUGGAUACCUCGACAGUUCCUCAUAUUGAGCUGGCGGCCACCGCCGCCUGCACCAUGGCCACUAAAAUCCUAGCUCCCGUCAAGACUGAACGACAAAUCUACGAGAAUUCUAUGCUAGAGGACGAUCCUAAUGCCAAUUCCGUUGUGAGACCCUCCAAGGAGGACAGCAAUACCCCGAGGUGGGGGCCUAAUCACAGAGGGGCACAAGAACUCGCUAAUUUAUACAGCACUGGAAAAAGAACGCAGGAGUGCAUUUGCGUUGGAAUUUUCAUUACACUAAUGGCAGUUAAUUCCUUCUUCAUCGUAAUUCGCCUGAGAAUUGAGAGCUUGAGCUCAAUAUUGAUAGCAGCACUGUGCGGCAUUGUGACUGCUGAUUUUAUAUCGGGACUCGUUCAUUGGGCCGCCGACACGUGGGGCUCCAUCGAACUCCCGAUACUCGGUAAGAAUUUUCUGAGGCCCUUUCGUGAGCAUCACAUCGAUCCCACUAGUAUAACAAGACACGAUUUCAUCGAGACUAAUGGUGACAACUUCAUGGUUACGAUACCUGCGUUAUCCAAAUUAACGUGGGACUUUCUCACUCUACCAGAGAGCGAUAUCCAGAGGAGAUUUUUGUGGAUCUGCUACUGGUGGCAACUUGCGAUAUUCGUUGCAUUGACUAAUCAAAUUCACAAGUGGUCACACACGUACUUCGGUUUACCAGGAUGGGUUGUUUGGCUCCAAGAGCAUCGUAUAAUUCUCCCUCGACGUCAUCAUCGUGUCCAUCAUGUUGCCCCCCAUGAAACCUAUUUCUGCAUAACAACGGGCUGGCUAAACUGGCCCCUCGAGAAACUGCGCUUUUGGUACGUCCUAGAAACGAUUAUCGAAUUAACGACCGGCUACAAACCCCGAGUGGACGAUUUCAAAUGGGCCCAGAAAAGAUCUUGAAACUUAAUCAACUCCAAUAAUUUAUUUAUUAAUAAUUGUUACGAGUAUGUCAAUUCGGUGGGCGGGUUCCUUCUCUAGGGCUCAAGGAAUCGCUAUUUGCAACUGAGAUUACAAAAUUUUUAUUCAGUAAUUGAUUCGAAGAGUGAAGACAAAAUCGACUUGUUCCCUAGUCGAGAUUUCAAGGAAUAUCUCUGAAUUGAUCGGGGAUAGCGAAAUUUUCAGAGGAAAUUUUUCUGUAAACGAAAAUGUGCGUUGUAGGAGUUUUCCCCCUAAACAAAACAAACGGAUCAAUCGAAUUAGUAGUCGAAAAAAAAUACCCUAACGAGAGCCCCUCUCCUAGGGCAAAUAAAAUACGUAUUUCCUCCCGGUGAUGAAGUACGGACUACACAAACAAAUGACAACAGCCACUGUAAGACAAAAACAGACGUUUUCAAAGACUCAAAAUGAAGGAUAAGAUAAAUAAUUUGGUUUUUUGGGAGUUUUUCCCGAGGAAUUUUGUCCCGGAUGUUUUUUCCCAGGGGAACAACUCCGGACACCAAGAAAAUCACCUACGAAGGAGGUUUCUAUUAAAAUUUCGCUGUUUUUGUUUAGUUUUUGAGGUAUUUGUAUUUAUUGGUUGAAUGAAAUUUAUUAUUUAUCUCUUCGUUGGUGAAUUGGAAGGCAUACACCAAGUUAUUAUAUUGACGCAGGAUUAAUUGAACGAACAAAAGGCCUUGGCGAUUUUUUAUACUGAAAAGAAUUUGCUGAACUAAACGCUUUUAAUUAUACUAUAAUGAGUUACUGUUAAAUCACAGGAUUUGAUGCACAAAAGACUACACGAAUACGUCAAAAUGUAACGCUAUACCUCGUUGCCACUAUUGUCGCACAAUAAGCCUAAAUGCAGAACAAUUAUUUUUCAGUCACAAAUAUUCUAAAUAAUGGAUAAAUGACACUCGCUAAAAUGACGGAAAAGCGAUGAAAGAGAUUCCGAUGAGAUUCUCCCCAAGUCUUCAUUAAUAUUUUGAUGACUCCACCAAUUGCUAUUAAUAAUAACAACGAUGAUAAUAAUUUACCAAAAAUUAAUUAAUGGACAAUUAGCGGAGACACAGCGAAAAUCAAAUACCGAAAUAUUCCCUGAACCUUUAAAAAUAUUUAAGCCUUAACCAUUGCCGCAGGUGAUAAAUUAUAUUGACGGUCUAGUUAAUGCGAGUGAUAGUGACAGAUUAUAAUUGGAAAAUCUUGUGCCUUUUGCGGUCGGUAUUUGCGAGUGGAAUAUCUGAGUGUAAACGUCAGUACAAUUUUUGGGUUCAGGGAUCAAUUAUGAAUAAAAAAUUGAGGGCAUUCUCUAAGAAGUUCUAAUUAAUUCCUGUUGGAACUCUAGGGGAAUUUUAUUAGUCUUGUUUGAAUUCUAUUGCAAAUUCUGUUUGUUUUUAGUGGUUUUUUCUAUAAGAGAUUACGCAAAUUAUAAUUAUCAUUUUGGAAUCGUAAAGAUUCUUGGGCAUUAGUUUUCCUAUUUGUUUAUCUUUUAUAAGAAAAUCCAAUGGAAUUUUUUAGAGGAAGCUCGAGAUUUUUCAAUUAAUGCCUUUGCAAUUAAAUCGUCCCGAAAAUGCCUCAACUGCUCGCUUACCUGAUACAACAGUUUAUCAUUCAUUUAAGAGAGGAAUAUUAAUUAAUAGACAAUGACAUCUAAAUAAGAAAUACUUGCCGUCCUGUGGAUAUAUACCUCAAUUGCUUCAAAUCAAUAUUUACGUAAUUCGCUGGGUCAACGUUUUUUCUCAAUCAGUUUAGGAUGCAAUUCAUUCACGUCGUAGUUAUUAGUAAUUGAUUUUAUGGACUUGUCCCUAGUGUGAUAAUCUAUUUUGAUAAAUGAAAGACGAUAUUUAGGACGAUAAAAAAUUCUAUAGGGUUUUUAGAAAUUAUGAUGUGAUUGCAAGGGGUUUUCUGUUUUCCUCGAGAUUUUUCAGCGUAGAGUUCCAUAAAAAUCGGAAUUUCUCGAAGAGUUCUAAAGGAUUUUCUAUAAAAUAAUAUUUUAUAGAGAUUUCUACUUUAAAUAACACCUUUAUAUAUCCAUUCUUCAGAACUUUUUCGUGGAAUGUGCGAAUUUUCCGGAUCUCAUGAUGAAUUUCCUGGAGAUGAUUCUAUUAAAAAAUUUAACACAAACUCUCAAUGUUGUUAAGAAAUACUCCCUGAAUUUUAAUUCAAGGAAUUUUAAAGGAGUUCUUUGAGAAUUCCGUGGAGCUAUCACCUGACUGGAUUUCCCAAGAAUUAUCGGAGGUUUCAGUGGAUAUUUUUUAACAGCGAGGGUCAGGUGCUAAUUUUCCUCAUUAUGCAAGUCAGUAAUAAUGAACUACUGUGAUUUCCUGACGAAUCAUGGUAGAACUUUUGACUAAGUAUUAUCGUUAUCGAUGGCGUUACUGUUGUUAUUGAGUAUACAGAAAUAAUUGAGAUAUUUUUUUUUCGAAAGUAAUUUUUAAUAUUUAAAAAAUUGUACAUGUAGUAUAUUGAAGAGAUCGUUGAAGAUUAGUGUUAAAUAUCUAGUCAGGAAACACUCGAAGUACUGAAGAUAAUGAUGGGCAUGAGAGAGUUGUAAAAUUUAUACAAAAAAGCGAAGAUGAUAACGAUAAGCCAAUGUUCAAUGAAAUGAAUAGAAUAAUCCAGGGUCUUCGAUAAAAAAUACUGUGACAUUGGUGAGACCCUUUCUCAAUUCGAUUGGGUACUCUUGAAAUUCUGUCGUUCGUAUGGAUUAUUCUAUAGAAUUUCACGACGUGUGGUUAUAAUCGAAGAGUUCAACCGAUAAUCUCUGAAAACUGUGGAACUAUUUUUUUACCAAUUAACCAACUGAAUUUCUGGCUUUUGCCACGAUGACUCAUCGAGCUGUUGCUUCAUGCAAUUCUGAAAUUUUAAUGUACAGAGAAUAAAACAAAUUUUCAUCAUCUGUCAUUAUGUACGAUGACAAUUGUUAUCAAGACUUAAGAUAUACGCUUUUUAGAAUUCUUCGGAUGGAUAAAGAUAACUUGAAUAUUGAAUAUAUCAUCGUCACGUCGACUACAAUUAACCGCUUUAUUCUUUUUUACUGUCAACUUUAUUCCGAUGAGGAAGAAGGCACACAAAGACCUAAAAAAGCCCGUUGAAAUAAUAAACCAACAAAUUGAAAUAAUUUACGAACAAAUUGAAAUAAUUUACGAACAAAUUGAAAUAAUUUACGAACAAAUAACCAGAGGAUUCGUCUCUGAUAUUCGACUAACAACGAAAACUGUUUCUAACCAUCGAACGCCUUUGUAAAACAGUAGAUAAUAAAUAAUAAAUUGACAAGCGGAAAAACGAGUAAUGGACGAUAAAUGGAAAAAUCGAUUUCCAAUAAUCAUUUUUUCCCUUGACAACUAAAAUAAAUAAUGAAUGUAAGUAAAGUGUUAGUGCAAUUGAUAUAUUACCAAUGAAAUUCGUCACGUAGUGGUAAAACAAUGUCUUGUGAUAAUGCAAAUUUUAUAUGUAUAAUUUGUACAAAGAUAUUCUAAUGCGUUUAACGAAUUGUUUUGGAGUAUUUCCAACCACCCGCCAUUAUCUCUUAGUUUUUCGUUUUGUUUACUCGGUGGAAGUAAAUCAUUGUAAUGUGUCACGAGUCAUUAGGAUAUGUAGAGACAAGUGCACAGACGACCGAAUGUAAGAAUGGAAAUAAAUUAUUUGGAGGGAUCAGCCAAAGAUAAAUUAUUACAA